AUGGCGGCAUCAUUAUUUGCCCUCCGCGGCGGACGUCAACUAGCACUCCGCUCGCGUGUGCGCCUCCCCACCCCGAGAGCUUUGGCAUUGCCAUUGAAUGCCCGGAGGCCUUUACACACUUCCCAGCCGAUCACCAAACGAGGAGUGUACACAAGCACGCUCAAUGAUCAUGGCGAUCCUCACCCCCAGGAUAUUUUCCAACCCCUCGAUACCUUCCCCCGCCGUCACAUUGGCCCCUCCCCAGAUGCAGCCACGGAGAUGCUGGCAGUGCUCGACCCGCCCGUGGCCACUCUGGAUGACUUUGUGAAGCAGGUCCUUCCGGAGGACAUUCUGUCCAAGAAGAACCUCCACGUCACCGAGCCCAACGCCGAUAUCAACCUAUACCGCUCCAGUGUGCAGGGUGGUCUCGGAGAAACUGACAUGCUCAAGCUGUUGGAUACAUACCGAAAGAACAUUGAUAUCUCCGGCAAGACCUACAUUGGAACCGGAUACUACCCCACCAUUGUCCCUCCCGUGAUCCAGCGCAAUGUUCUCGAGAACCCUGCCUGGUACACCAGCUACACACCCUACCAGCCUGAGAUCAGUCAAGGUCGCUUGGAGUCUUUGCUGAACUUCCAGACUUUGACUGCUGAUCUUACCGGCCUGCCCUUUGCCAAUGCCUCCGUGUUGGAUGAGGCAACUGCUGCCGCUGAGGCCAUGACCAUGUCCUUCGCCACCAUGUCCGCUUCCAAGCAGAAGAAGGCCGAGAAGUCCUUCGUGGUGUCUCACCUCUGCCACCCCCAGACUAUCGCCGUGAUGCAGUCCCGCGCCGAAGGAUUCGGGAUCAACCUCGUGGUUGGUGAUAUUUUGGCCGACGAUUUCAAGGUCGUCAAGGACCAGAAGGAUCACCUGAUUGGUGUCCUGGCUCAGUACCCCGAUACCGAGGGUGGAAUUUUCGACUUCCAGUCUCUGAGUGACUCCAUCCACGGCCAGGGUGGUACCUUCAGUGUGGCCACUGAUCUGCUUGCCUUGACCGUGCUGAAGGCUCCCGGCGAAUUUGGCGCCGACAUUGCCUUCGGUACUGCUCAGCGUCUGGGUGUCCCCAUGGGCUUCGGUGGACCCCACGCUGCAUUCUUCGCCUGCGCUGACAAGUACAAGCGCAAGGUGCCCGGUCGUGUCGUUGGUGUUUCCAAGGAUCGCCUUGGUAACCGCGCCCUGCGCCUGGCUCUGCAAACUCGCGAGCAGCACAUUCGCCGCGAGAAGGCCACUAGCAACAUCUGUACUGCUCAGGCUCUCCUGGCCAACAUGACUGCCAUGUACGCGAUCUACCACGGUCCCGUUGGACUCAAGUCCAUCGCCCAGCGCAUCAUGUCCAUGACCUCGCUGCUGCGCGAGAAGCUCGUUGGCCUCGGAUACAACGUCCCUCUCCGCACCAACUCACCUGACGGUGGUGCGGUCUUCGACACUUUGGCUGUCGAGCUGCCUACCGCUGCUGAAGCUGACUCUCUCGCUGCUGAAGCCGAGGCUGCCAAUGUCUUCCUUCGCCGCCUGGGAGGCAGCAAGGUCGGUCUCUCUCUGGAUGAGACCGUCGGACGUGACGAGGUCAAGGGCAUCUUGAAUGUCUUCGCUGCUCACAAGUCUGCUUCUGCCGUCGAGGUUGACGGUACCCUCGCGGUCACACCUAUCCCCGCCAGUCUUGAGCGCACUUCCUCCUACUUGACGCACCCAGUUUUCAACAGCUACCACUCCGAGACCGAGAUGCUCCGCUACAUCCACCACCUUGAGUCCAAGGAUCUUUCAUUGGUCCACUCCAUGAUUCCUCUCGGAUCCUGCACCAUGAAGCUCAACGCUACCAGCGAGAUGCUUCCCGUCUCUUGGCCUGAGUUCUCCCAGAUCCACCCCUUCAUGCCCGCCAAGCAGGCCAAGGGUUACAUCCAGAUGAUCGACGACCUCGAGCAGCAGCUCGCUGAUAUCACCGGUAUGGCCUCGGUCACCGUUCAGCCCAACUCUGGUGCCCAGGGUGAGUUUGCUGGUCUUCGUGUCAUCAAGAAGUACUUCGAGGGCAAGGGUGAUGCCAAGCGCAACCUGUGCUUGAUUCCUGUCUCUGCUCACGGUACCAACCCUGCCAGUGCCGCCAUGGCCGGUAUGCGUGUCGUUACCGUCAAGUGUGACACCAAGACUGGUAACCUCGAUCUGGAGGAUCUCAAGGCCAAGUGCGAGAAGCACAAGGACGAGCUCGCUGCCUUCAUGAUCACCUACCCCAGCACAUUCGGAGUCUUCGAGCCCGGUGCCAAGCAGGCCUGUGAGCUGGUUCACCAGCACGGUGGUCAGGUCUACAUGGACGGUGCCAACAUGAACGCUCAAAUUGGUCUCUGCUCUCCUGGUGAGAUCGGUGCCGAUGUCUGCCACUUGAACCUCCACAAGACCUUCUGCAUUCCUCACGGUGGCGGUGGUCCUGGAGUCGGCCCCAUCGGAGUUGCCUCUCAUCUGGCUCCCUACCUCCCCUCCCACCCCUCCAGCGAGGCCCUCCAGGCCAAGCGUGGUGACAACUCUUCUCCCCCCAUCUCCGCCGCUCCCUGGGGCAGUGCCAGCAUUCUUCCCAUCACAUUCAACUACAUCAACAUGAUGGGCGACCGUGGUCUCACUCACGCUACCAAAAUCACCCUCCUCAACGCCAACUACAUCCUCUCCCGCCUCAAGCCUCACUACCCCAUCCUCUACACCAACGACCACGGCCGCUGCGCACACGAGUUCAUCCUUGACGUGCGCGGCUUCAAGGAGACCUGCGGUGUCGAAGCCAUCGAUAUCGCCAAGCGUCUCCAGGACUACGGAUUCCACGCCCCCACCAUGUCCUGGCCCGUCUCGAACACCCUCAUGAUCGAGCCCACCGAGUCCGAGAGCAAGGCCGAGCUCGACCGCUUCUGCGAUGCCCUCAUCUCCAUCCGUCAAGAAAUCGCCCAAGUCGAGGCCGGUGCCCAGCCCCGUGAUGGCAACGUCCUGAAGAUGUCCCCGCACACCCAGCGCGACCUUCUUACUUCGGAGUGGGACCGCCCUUACACCCGUGAGCAGGCGGCAUACCCCAUUCCCUUGCUUUUGGAGAAGAAGUUCUGGCCCACCGUCACUCGUGUCGAUGAUGCUUUCGGUGACCAGAACCUCUUCUGUACCUGUGGACCCGUUGAGGACUCGGAGUAG